AUGGAUAGGCUUUCAUUAUACCUGGAUCCCCAGAUUCGGGAUUGGGUUCUCUUUCCAAUCACCCUUGUAAUGAUACUGGUCGGAAUACUGCGCCAUUAUGUGGUCAUUCUUUUGCAGUCGCCACCGAAAAAGCUCUCGCGAGCCGCAACCCGUGAGCAACGUGCUUUGACGCGUUCCCAGAUCCUCAGAGCCACGUCCGCAAAUUCACCGAUACCACUAUCGUUUUACAAAGCUAUAUCACAACAUCUUUCUGAGGCCUUCAAAACCGGGACGUACCUGAAAGACGGACCGCCCAAGGCUGACGCGCCAUCAUCUGCUCCCAACCCUCUAUCAGACCCUGCUGCCAUGGAUGGCAUGAUGGCCGGCAUGAAAACCCAAAUGGUUAUGAUGGUGCCACAGAUGGUCAUUAUGGGCUGGAUCAACUUCUUCUUCCAAGGUUUCGUCCUAAUCAAGCUACCCUUUCCCUUGACGCUGGGCUUCAAGUCCAUGCUUCAACGUGGCAUCGAUACCCCUGACAUGGACGUUCGGUGGGUUUCAUCACUUUCGUGGUAUUUCCUCAACUUUUUCGGCCUGAACGGCCUUUAUCGACUUAUCCUUGGCGGUGAUAAUGCUGCUGAUUCAUCCCGUGACAUGACUGCGUCACCCUUUGCGGCCAUGGGCAAUGCCCAGCCAGGGCAGCCACAGGAUUUCAACAAGCUUUUCAAGGCAGAGCGCGAUAAUCUCGAGUUCGCUGAGGGUCUUCACAGUUGGGUGGGUGAAAACAUGGACACCAAGAUCCUGCGGAAGUACGGGAAGCUGCCUUUGUGA